AUGAUUUCUAUUAUCAUAUAUAGUGUUUUAUCUUUACUGCUAUCGCAAGCAUUUGCUUUUCCACUGGUAUUUAAAAGAGAUAUUGUUACCAGAUAUCAUACAGCUUCAACUGCCACUGUUACAAAUUUUUUCACAACAACAACUGCUACUAUCGUUGCUCCAACAGUGGAAUAUAUUGUCUAUGAUGGAUAUACUGUUACGACCACUUUACCAGGUAGUUAUUAUACUGUUGUUUAUUCUGCCGGCUCAGAUACAACUUCCGUAGUCACUACAUAUACAGAUGCAGAAAACAAAAAUGGUGGAUCUUACGUUCAAUCCUUGACAUCUGCCUCAUCUGUUACACCUAUCGCAUCUCUUUCAUCUCCUUCAUCUUCAGAUUCAAGAGAUAUUACAUCAGAAACUGGUGUUGUGAGCAGUAGAACUGCAAAUAUGGCUUCCUCCGAUCCAUCUGUCACCGGCUCUUCUUCCAAUAGUACUUCGGUAUUUGAAAUUUCUAAUGGUUCUGGAACUACUACAUCUAAAAACUCUAGUCCGUUAACUACUAGUAGUACUUCAAGUACUUCAAAGGCUUCUACUUCGUCAUCCAAGAUAACCAAGUCAACUUCUUCUGCUUCAUCCACUUCAUCCACUUCAUCCACUUCAUCCACUUCAUCCACUUCAUCCACUUCAUCCACUUCAUCCACUUCAUCCACUUCAUCCACUUCAUCCACUUCAUCCACUUCAUCCACUUCAUCCACUUCAUCCACUUCAUCCACUUCAUCCACUUCAUCCACUUCAUCCACUUCAUCCACUUCAUCCACUUCAUCUACCUCUUCCACUUCUUCCACUUCAUCUACCUCUUCCACUUCAUCUGCCUCUUCCACUUCAUCUGCCUCUUCCACUUCUUCCACGUCAGCUAUUUCAUCUACAUCAUCUAUGAGUAGUUCAUCCACAUCAUCUGUUAUUACCUCGAUUAAUUCAUCUGCUCCAUCUUCUUCAACAGUUAUUGUAAGUACUUCAACAGGAGUGGGAUACUUAUCUGCUGCACCAAGUGUUAUUGUGUAUUCGCCUUAUAACAAUGAUGAUUCAUGUAAAGAUGCUGACACUGUGCUUGCUGAUUUGACAUUGAUUAAAUCGAAGGGUAUUUACAAAGUUAGAAUAUAUGGUACAGAUUGUAAUUCUCUGAAUACGAUUGAACCAGCUGCAGUUCAAUUAGGUAUGACUAUUAAUCAAGGACUAUGGAUGUCUUCAAAGGGUGUCGAUUCAAUUGACUCUGCUGUGAAUGAUUUAAUUUCCUGGGGCACAACUAACGGUUGGGGAGUCUUUGAUUUUAUUACAAUUGGUAAUGAAGCAAUCAACGCAGGAUACUGUACAGCAGAUGAGUUGAUCGUUAAAAUUUCCUCAGUGAAGCUCCAACUACGAGAAGCUGGUUAUACAGGUUUAGUCACAACUGCAGAACCACCUGUAUCUUAUGAGAAUAAUCCAUCUUUAUGCACUAACUCAGAAAUUGAUUUCGUUGGUAUUAAUCCACAUGCAUACUUCGACACAUAUUCAAGUGCUGCAACAGCAGGUACUUUUGUAAAGGGUCAAGUUUCUUUAAUUGAAUCCGUUUGUGGCCGUUCUGAUAUUUCUGUUUUAGAAACUGGGUAUCCAUCUGCUGGUAUCCAAAACGGUGGUAAUAUUCCAUCUCCGGAAAACCAGCUGAUAGCAAUCCAAGCUAUUCUAGAUGAACUAAAUUACGAUGUCACAAUUCUAACCACUUUUGAUGAUUAUUGGAAAGACCCAGGUGAGUACGGAAUUGAACAAUCAUUUGGUAUUAUUCAAUUAUUAAACGAUGUUUAA